AUGGUGCCGAUGUCAGACGUCAAGAAUCGAUCCUUUUUUGUACAUUGGUGGCCAACAGGUGAAGUGGUGUGCAGCGAGCGGAAACGGAAUGGUGGAAUGCGUAACCAUAAGCUAUCGGAUGUCCCUGGAGCGCACGAUAUCAUCUAUGCAGUCAUGCAAUGGGACCUGCGUGACCCAGAGGGAGUAUCCUGGGUUACAAUUGUGUCCUACAAAGUUUCUGAACCCAUGUUCAAGCCAGCCCGACUCCAACUGGAGAUUGGAAUACCGUUUCUACGCAUGAUUCUCAUCGGUGAAGCCGGUGCAGGCAAGACCAGCCUGGCGCGCUCUCUUUGCCGCAAGAAAAUCUUGCGCGGAAAGGACGACAACAGCACAAGGCCUUUCUGCACACUGCGGCUGCUUCUUCUUCUUCUGCCUCAUCUGUUUCGGAAAUCCUCUCAUUCUGUUAACUCGGCUGCAAGCAAUACCAGAUCAGACAUUUCUUCUUCACUAGCAAGUGAUGCCUCUGGAUUGACGGACCCAUUCUCUGACUCGGCAGCAAGCGAGAACGAGUUACCACAAAGUGUGAUUAGUGAUAUCUCAAGCCGCGUGACAUCCUCUUGGUUCAUUGAGAAUGCCAGCGCAGAUAUUGCCGAGGGAAGGUUCCAAAUCAUCCGCAUCUGGGACACGGCAGGCCAGGACUCCUAUCGGCUGCUUCAGCACAUCGGCUUUGGUGCUGAUCGCACUGUGUAUGCAAUUGUCUUUAACACAAGCCAGUCUGUGGAAGCAGAGACUCCUCAGAGCACUGUUCGACACGAGGGCAAACAUCGGCCUUGCACUGCAGCUGUGCCGAGACAGCCAAGCCUUACGUAUAUCCACGACUACCUGGCCACAAUACACAACAUGCCGAGUAGCAGCAACGUGCGGGUGUUCCUCGUUGGCACUCAUAUCGACCAGCGUCGCUGGUUCAGUGGAGCCAUCCGGGAUGCGGAACGUGAUGUCAUCAUGAAAAGUCUUAAAGGGAAACCGUACUGCCACUUGCUGAAGUCUGACGACAUCGUGUUUGUCAACAACACACGUUCUGGUAGCUUCCUCUUGCCAGAACACACUGGAAUUCGAAGCCUGCGCACUAAGCUUGUCGAGGAGAGUGUCAACCAAGAGGCUAUCCCACUUGCACGUGGUCUGGAACGCUCGCACUUCUCGAGCUCUCUAGAGAUCCCCGUCUCUCCAGUCCCUGGAUCUCGCUCGGUGAUCUGCUUCGUCUAGCCCGCCGCCUGGGCAUUGCACGCCGAGUGGAUGAGGUCAAACCUAUGCUGGGCUUUCACCACAACCUUGGCACGUUCUCUUCUUUCCC